AAAUCGUUUAUAAUUCCUUUAAAAUUGUUUUGUAGUCGCUUACCUUUUGUAGCCAAUAAGUUUUCCUUAAUACUAUAUAGGUUGUAAUUUUAUUUUAUAUCAUAACAUCAUGGCUAGUCAAUAUUCAAAAAUGGAUGUGAAAAAAGAAGAGUAUAUUGCAGUUUCUGGUGCUAAUUAUGGUCAAGAAAAACAUGCUGGGGGUAUUAUAGCAUCUCAACCACAAGCAGUAUCUGGUGUUGAAAAUUAUAUACUUGAUCUUGACGCUGCUCAAGUUUCUGGAUGGAGUGUCCAGGAUGUCUGCAAUUUAUUUGUUGAAAAAGUUGGAUGUGGGUAUUUGAAUGAACUAUUUAUUGCUAACAAGAUAAAUGGGAAAUGCUUGAUGCUUUUGCAAGAGACACAUUUAAAAGAGAUGGGUGUUCAAGCUAUUGGGGAUCGGGUUUACAUGCUUGAAAUGAUUAGCUUUUUGAAAAAGAAGAGAAAAGAAAUGCAAACCACUGCUGCAUUAUGGAGUGGUGAAACUCCUGCACCUGGAUUUCAGUAUAGCACAAGUUGUGCUGAUUGCUUGACACGUUACUUAUGUCCUUGUUGCAAAAGUCGAACAUAUUGGAAGGUAACUGGACAAGGUGUUUUUUACAGAAAGGUUCCACCUUGUGGAGGAAAUUUCGGAACUGUUUCCACUGAGUAUAUGGAUUAUCGUUUCUUCAAAGAUCUUGAAUUAAAAGAACAACAUUUGUGUUGCUGUUUCUGUAAAAGAUACCAACUAGAGUUAUAUGUUGAUGACAAAGAUUCUAAAGCAAGUGAACAUGCAGCAGCAGGGUUUCCUGUUCCACAGAUUUUGCUUCACCCAGAAGCUCCCAAAGUGGAAAAAAUUGUUCGUAAUGCUUGGAGUGAAGCUCGAUUAGUUUCAGAAUAGUUAUAUAUUUUUUAGUGUUAAUG